UGCCGCUACCUGCCGCGCUGGCCGCCGCCUGCCUCCCGCUCGCCGCCGGCUCCGGAGCCGCCGGCAGCCCCCGGGGAAGCUCCGCGGGCGGAGGCGCGGACGGCGCUGGCGCGGUGCCCUCCUGCCUCGCCUGAACCCUUUCACGAACCGCUUGCCCCGCAGCCUCCCCGGGCCGGGUCGGGCCGGGCGGGGCCGGGCCGGGCCGGGCCAGCCGGCCCCACCUCACCCCACCCAGGGCUCCCAUUGGCCCCCGAUGAAAGUCCAGCGAGCCUCCCGGCUGCUAUAUAGGAACAUCUGUGGGGAAUGGGUGUCUUGUCGCCGCGGCUAUGGGAGCCUGCAGCAUCUUCCUCCGGCACCCCGCCCUCACCUGCGGCCGCGCCGCGCCGAGCCCCGCCGGGCGCGGAACCCCCGCGCAGCGGUUGUUCGCCUCCUCCCUCUGCGCCCUGCGGCCGGCGGCGACCCCCCCUCCGCGGGGCCGCGGGCACCCCCUGGCCGCCCUGCCCGGCCCCCCCCGCUGGCCGCUGAUGGGCAGCCUGCCCGACGUCCUCUGGAAGGGGGGGCUCAAGAGGCAGCACGAAACGCUGGCUGAGUACCACAGGAGGUUUGGCAAGAUUUUCCGCAUGAAGCUGGGGGCUUUCGACUCGGUGCACAUCGCAGCCCCCUGCCUCCUGGAAGCCCUGUACCGCCGGGAGAGCUCCUGCCCCCAGCGCCUGGAGAUCAAGCCCUGGAAAGCCUAUCGGGACUAUCGCGACGAGGGCUACGGGCUGCUGAUCCUGGAAGGAAAGGACUGGCAGAGGGUAAGAAGUGCCUUUCAAAAGAAAUUAAUGAAACCCAGGGAAGUUGCGAAACUGGAUACCACGAUCAAUGAGGUCCUGGAGGACUUCAUGUACAGAAUAGAUGAUGUUUGUAACGACAAUGGACAAAUGGAAGAUGUCUAUUCAGAAUUCAACAAAUGGUCAUUUGAAAGUAUCUGUCUGGUGCUGUAUGGAAAGAGGUUUGGUCUCCUACAGCAGGAUGUAGAAGAAGAAAGUUUGAACUUCAUCAAGGCUGUAAAAACGAUGAUGGCUACUUUUGGAAUGAUGAUGGUGACCCCUGUGGAACUUCACAAGGGUCUGAACACAAAAGUCUGGCAAGCUCAUACUAAAGCAUGGGACGAUAUAUUUAAAACAGCCAAGCACUCAAUUGACUGUCGACUGGAAAAACACUCUGCAAACCCUCGGGAGGAUUUCCUGUGUGACAUCUAUUCUGCAGGACAACUUUCCAAGAAGGAGCUGUACGCUGCUAUCGCAGAGCUCCAGAUUGCUGGCGUUGAAACGACAGCCAAUAGUUUACUGUGGGCUUUGUAUAACAUUUCACGCAAUCCACAUGUUCAGCAAAAGCUUUUCCAGGAAAUACAGAGUGUUUUGGCUGUUAAUGAGAGUCCAAGUGCUGAGGACUUGAAGAAUAUGCCCUACCUAAAAGCAUGUCUGAAAGAAUCCAUGAGAUUAACACCGUCGGUGCCAUUUACCACUCGCACCAUCGACACAGAAAUAGUUCUGGGGGAUUAUGUACUGCCCCAAGGGACCGUACUAAUGAUAAAUAGCCAUGCCCUGGGCUGCAAUGAAGAGUACUUUAAUGGCUGGACUCAGUUUAAACCAGAGCGCUGGUUUCAGAAGGACUUAAUAAAUCCUUUUUCUCAUGUUCCAUUUGGCAUUGGGAAGAGGAUGUGCAUCGGGCGCCGUGUAGCAGAGCUACAGCUUCACUUGGCCCUUUGCUGGCUCAUUCGCAAAUACCAAAUUGUAGCAACUGAUGACAAACCAGUAGAAACACUCCAUUCAGGAAUACUGAUUCCCAGCCGGGAGCUUCCCAUUGCAUUUCACAGACGAUAAGCUGCAGAAAAUAAAUUACAACCUUGCUGCUGCCUUCUCUGAAAAAAUAUACAUCAACUGGGAAAGUCAAAGCCUAUGGUAACCAGUGGAGAAACUGCAAUGUGUGUCCCUUGAACAAUUGUUGAGCUAGAAAUAGUACCAAGAAAAGCUCCCAUACUGUUUUAUUGGGAAAAUGUGAUUAGUUAGGUCAGCUGUAAUUAGCAAUGUAAAAAGGAAAGAAAAAUACCAUGCACGUUCAUAUACCUAUGCAAAUAUACUGAUUUAGUGCAGCUGAGGGGCUGUACAGGAUAGAGCUUGAUAAUGAGCUGUGGCAUGUUAUGUAUAGUUCUUGUUAGUGCAUGGUGAAAUUAUUAUAGCCUCAAGCUGUCCAGCAGGCUAGCUUGGAAAGAGCUGGUUUCCAGUUUGUGGGUGUCAUAUAGGACACCUGUGGGGACAACAGUCAUGACUGAACUGGCCCUGUUAGCUCAGAGUUGAAGAGCUUGGAGAAGUCAGCUUAAUGGAAAAGAAACUCAGUCCUUAUCAAAUUAGCAGUGUCAUGAAUUAAACUGAGAAGUAAGAUGGCAGUCUGUAAUAAGGCUAAGAACAGGCCUUAAAAAUUAGAAUAAUUAAAGAAGUAUACUUUCCCUAACAUUAUUCACUUCCUUAAUAAAAGGGAAAUAAGGACAAGGGUAUAUAACAGGAUUUAUUCCUCAUGUCUGCACAGUACUUUGAACAGUUGCAGUACUGUGCCUGCCACAUACUCUGCUCAUACCCAGAGUUUCAUGCCUCCAACUCCCACACAAGCCAUUUUAUCACAAAUUUAUUGUAAAACCAUAGUGGUCUUUUAUUGCAUGGAAGGCCUUAUCCAUAAAUGGAAUCACUGGAAUCCUAUGGGUUCUGCCACUAUUAAAUGAUGAUUAUCCUAACAGGAUAGUUACUUCAUCAGAUGAGUAAUAUAAAAUGUAUGUUUCAAAGACCCACAGGACAUAAGGAUCCAAAACAUUUCAAAGAGGUCUAUUUCUUGUGGAGAUUUCAAUACCUGCAUCUAAAGGUUAAAGUUGUCACUGCCCUGCAUGUAAUACUGUAUGUUAACUAUUAUGAUCACUAGUGUAUUUUUCCCAUGAUGCAGUUUCAAGGACAGGUUUAUAUAUGUAACCAUGAAUUGUUAUUUUUAUUUUUUUACAUUCUGAAAUGAUACAAGUCCUUAGCAUUUGUUGGUCUGUCUCCUGUGGUUUUUUUUGUUUGUUUUCCUCUGCUGUUAUACUCAGACAUGUAAAUGUAGCCAUAUUACAAUGUGUAAAGCAAUUUGUGCAUUAUCUGAAUCUUUCUAGUCAAUUUGGUAAUAGUCAAUUUUGUAAUACAAUA